GGACGAGUUUUUAGAGUUUAGGGUUUUCAGAUUUGGGAACGGUGAAAUCCCGGGGAUUUCCGAUUUCGGGCGAGGUUUCCGACAUCAAAUUCUCCGGCGGAGCAGACCGGCGUCUUCUUUUUUGUGUCGAGUUGCAGUUUCCGGCACCGUGCAGACCUUCGACAGCUUUCCGGCACCGUGUAGACCUCCGACUGCUACAUCCGACCACGCUCUCGUGCUCAGGACCUCAGUUGUUUGAUACUUGACAGCUGCAUAAAAUGCCUAGAGGGAAGGACAUGUUUUGGUCACAUGCAACUCAAAGCGAUGAUGGGAAGUUGAUUUGUGAAUUUUGUUCUGAGCAAUAUGCCGGAGGAAUUACACGAUUUAAGUAUCAUUUGGCUGGACUUCAUGGCAAUGAUGCUGCUCCAUGUCCUAAUGUGCCUGAAAAUGUCAAGCAAAGGGCAAUCAUAGCUUGUGGAGUUAUUUCUGACAGACCCAUGAAGAAGGGGAGAAUGCAAAGUGGAAGUGAAUCACAUUCAAGUGUAGGUUCAUCAUCUUCAGGCAGCAAUUUUUUUUGUGGAACUUUGUCUGAGGGAGGAACAGGACAAGGCCAACAACAAACAAUUCCAGGCAUGAUGAAAAAAGUAGAAAAAGAUUUUGUGGAUAAGCUUCUACUGAAAGGUAUUGUAAUGAAUAACUUGCCUUUCAACUUGCUUCAAUCAGUGGAUUUCAAAAAUUUUGUUGCUGCUGCUACAAACUUUGGACCAGGGUACAUUCUCCCGAGCUCUGAAACUACUAGAUGAAGCAAGAAAAGAUGCUCUAGUAUAUGUUGAUGAAAUGAAGAAAACAUGGACAGAAUCUGGAUGCACAAUUAUGUCUGAUAUUUGGAAAGACACGAUUAGAAGCAGGUUCUAUAUAAACUUGUUGGUGAGCUCUCCAACUGGCACCGUAUUUUGGAAGGCAAGUCAAGUUGAAAAAGGCCCUAAAAGUGCAGAAUUUAUAGUUGAUUUUUUAUCUCCAACUAUAGAAGAAAUUGGGGCAAACAAUGUUGUACAGAUUGUUACUGAUAAUGGAAGCAAUUAUAGAAAAGCAAAACGUAUUCUUGAAGGAAAAUAUCCAAACAUUUUUACCACAUCUUGUGCUGCCCAUUGCAUUGACUUAAUGCUUGAAGACAUUGAUAGUUUAGAAGAUGUGAAAAAUAUCAUGUGCAAAGCAAGGCCGGCUGUCAAGUUCUUAUAUAAUAAGCAACAAGCUUUAGAUAUAAUGAGAACUUAUACAAAGGGAAAGGAGUUGAGGAGGCCCGGUGUGACUAGAUUUGCCUCUCAAUUUAUUUGUUUGGAUUCCAUCUUAAAACAAGAAGAGGGCCUGAAAUUUAUGGUUGCCUCCAAUGAUUGGAGACAUGUUGAAAACACUGAAAAAAAUGAUGCAAAAGAACUUACAAGGCUCAUUCAAAAUGAAGAUUUUUGGAGAAAGGGAAAAGAAAUAAUAAGGUUUGUUGAACCAUUAGUGAGAGUACUUAAGAUGGUAGAUGGGGAAGGAGCCACUAUGGGCUAUUUGUAUGAAGCACUUGAUAGAGCUAAAGAAACUAUCAAGAGUGCAUGCAACAACAUGAGAGAAAAAUAUAUGCCAUAUUGGAGUAUAAUUGACAAGAGAUGGAACCGUAAUUUGAACAGUCCCAUAUAUGCCGCAGCAGCUUAUCUAAAUCCUCAUUUGUUCUGGAAUAAUAAAGUAAGGAUGAAUGAUGAAGUUCGGAAAGGUUUGGAGUUAGCAAUAGAAAAACUUCUUGUUCCUGAGGAUUGUGCAAAUAUGUCUCUUGAAUUGGCCAAAUAUCAAACCAGACAUCCAUCAUUAUUUCGUUGUGAGCUAUCCAUGAAUAUUAUUGACACUUCUCAUCCACGUGUUUGGUGGUUGAUAUGUGGAUGUUCUGUUCCUAUUCUUCAAAGAGUAGCAAUCAAAAUUUUAAGCCAGCCAUGCAGUGCAUCAGCUUGCGAAAGAAAUUGGAGUGCAUUUGAAGCUGUUCAUACAAAGAAGAGAAGCAAUCUUUUACCAUCUAGAGUAACUGAUUUGGUAUUCAUUAGAAUGAACAUGCAUUUGCAAAGCAUGGCUGCAGAAAUGGCAAACAUAAAUGCAGAUCGAAUCUAUAUUGACCAUGUGAAUCCAUUUCCAGAAGCAGAAAAUUUAGAGGUUGGGUUGUCUUCAGAUUUAGAAGAAGAAGAUGAUGAAGAAUGCGGACCAAGUAGAACCAAUGAAGAAGAUGACUCUACUUCAUUGGAUGAAGAUUAAUGCUGUAUACAAUUCUUUUCCUCGAAGCAAUUAUAUGUGAUAGUUACUGGGAUGACACUGCUUUUUUUUUCCCUUUGUGUUUGUAUAUGUGCCUUUUUUCCUUUCCUUGAAAGUUCACUCUUAUAACACCACCACUAACCACAUUGUUAUCAUCUUCCAUUGAAUUGGCUGACAAUUAUCAACUCCUGUUUGUGUUGGUCAUUUGUUUGUUGGACUUGGAAACAUAGCUUCAUGGAUCAAUGUUAACUGAGUUACAUGUCAAUAUUUCUAACAAAAUGCAAAGCACGUGGUCAAUAAUAUAUUCCUUAUUUUUUGCAAUUCAUCGAUAUUGUUACUGUCCUGGUAGUGUCAGAACUGCAGGUGGCAUUUGCUAGCUGUGACCAAGACAAACAGGGUCAUCAUUUACAUCUCCUGCAGUUCUAGAGAAUUACUUGAAUGCGGGGCACUACUAUCAUCCAUUCUUUAUGCAGUCCAGCAAGUCUUGCUUUCAAUGGAUGUUGAUGGUGGGGAAGGUUUUGUUGAUUAUCCACCUAUUGUAUUCAGGCUUUUUGAUCAGUAACCAAACAUUUUUUAUUGAAUAUGCAGCAGAGAGAUUUACUGCGGAACAGUCAAUAUUUGUCUUUUUUUAUAUUUAAUUGUUAUUAUGACAGUUACAAUAUUCAUUGUCGAUUGUGUUGUUUAAAGCUUCAAAUGCAUAUCCAGGGACUUGAUCAUUCAUCUGUACCAAUAACAUUGCAUAAGUUUUGCAUAACAUUUAUUUAAAUAACUUUAGAAAAUUUUGCCU